AUGACGAAAGCGACGAUGGUCGUGAUUUUAAUACUGUUCUCGAUAUCGGACGUGCACCACGUCGAUUCCCUGAUGCAGGAGAGCCUGGGAAAGUUUUUGGGAUCCUUCGUCGCGGUUAAACAAGUGAGAAUACCCGAUUUGCUUAAUCAGUUGUGCAAUAGCUCGCAAGGCUCUAAUACGACACGACGCGACGCUUGCUAUGGUUGCUUCUAUCGCGCAAGCAUUCUACCACUGGGAUAUCCUAUGUUGAUAGCAAUGUCUAUGUGCGCCAACACUUAUCUCAACAACACCAACUACGGUCACUGCCAGUCUUAUCUGCAAAACGCGACGACUAUGCCGAACCCAGGAGUGAGCCCUACGAUAAUAUACUGCACGUUCCUAGAAUGCGUUCGCCAAGUCAAUAAGGACAGCUUGGAUAUAGACGUCAGAAGCGGAUUAAGGCUAUCACCGCGAGGAUUUGCGUCGCGAAUCGAGCAGGAGAGACCUUUUCUACUUCACAAAAAACUUCCAGUGCUGAACAGCGUUUGUGUAAUUAGAGAGUAAUUUAACAAUCACCGGAUAAUCUCUGCAUUCUUGAAGCCGCGGCUUUCUAC